CCAGACCGCUGCGUGGCGCUCUGGUGUUGACCUGUUUUAACCCUGAAUCCUCUCCUCAUUUGUUUGAAAACGACCAAAGCGAAAAGAGGCGAUCCUCGAAGGCAGAAGCUGAGAGCCAUGGCUCGUGGGCAGCAGAAGAUUCAGUCCCAGCAGAAAAACGCCAAAAAAGCGGCGGAGAAGAAGAAGGGUCAAGGCGCUGACCAGAAAACAGCGGCUAAAGCGGCACUUGUCCACACCUGCCCCGUGUGCCGUACACAGAUGCCCGACCCGAAGACCUUUAAGCAGCAUUUUGAGAGCAAACACCCCAAGUCUCCAAUGCCCCCUGAGCUGGCCGACGUGCAGGCAUAAAGGACUGCUCCAUGGACCCUGAAACCUGAUGACCACAGAUUACUUUUUGAUCUGGAGAGACCACGUCAAAUUCGAACACUGGUGACCCCUGCAGGUGGUGGAGAGACCUGCGGGUCGUGAUGGUCGUGUGUGUGCUGUGUGUACAUUUGUGAUUCUGUGAAAAUAAACUCAACGGAGGGGUAAAGGACACCAGCGACACCACACUUAUAUUUAUUAUGUACAACUACCUUGUGUUUCCAUAGGAGAGGGGACCUGUUCCACUAAAGCAGAAAGUAUCAGACACAGGCAUAACAGAAAAAUGGUUAUUGGAAUCUGCAGUAGGUUAAACUCAUGUGAUUUCAAAAUUAUAGAUACUUGACAAAGUUUCCACCAAUGUGUACAGUGAAAUGUUCAGAAGUAGUUGUAAAAAAAUUGCAUAUUUUUACCUCUAAAAAUUCCAUGUGAAAUUGUGAGAUCAUUUUGUAAGAUGGGAUAAAUGUGUUUCCAAAGUUAUAGGGUCCAAAUGCAUUUUCUGGCUUAUAUGGGAAUAGCCAUGGUUCAAGAAAUGUACCAACUUUUCACAAAAAUGUUUGUAAAAAUAGUUUAUUUACUGUAAUGUUGACAUGGAAGUUACUACUUGGGUCCAGACUAUUAUGAGGACAAUGUAUUAAACUGUAUAGCUUGGUGGAAACAAAAUUGGCAAUGGCACAAUUUGUAACAUUAAGUCUACUAAUAUGCAUUCGAUUUGACAUUUCUAAAUAUAAACAAAACAGUAUAAUACCCUCUGAAGAGAAGUAUUUAGUUCCAUUAACAUCAGCCAUCAUACAAUCUAGUAUUCAUUGACUUUUUAGUUUAACAAUAAUAAACUCUGCAACUCUGUCCACUGCUGCUUCACAACUGUACCUCAGCAAAACUUAUGUAUAUUUUUCUCUAGCUUGAACAUUACCUGCAAUAAAACCAUCUUUGACAAUA